AAUGUACGCACUCGUUGAUAAUUCGACCGAUGGUAUUGACAAUUUAGACAAACUGAAGAACUUUGUUUACGUAGAUACCCUGGUAAAUUCCAUGACAAUCGAUGAUGAAGGUUCGGCGUCGGUGGUAUUGAAUGGCCUUGAUAUCGUUCUUGUCGAGCCAACGUACCCAACCAAAGUCUCUGACGUUACCUUCAACUGGUGGCUUGAUACAACGGAAGGCUUGGCUGUCACGUGUUUAUUGUCAGCGAUCGCAUGUAUUUUCCUACUUAGUAUGUGCCUCUGUUGUUGCUGGAAAUGCUGUGGUGAUCGAAUAGGAGCUUGGUUUAAGAAAUGCUGCAAGCGCAAAAAGAAAAAGUUGGAAUUGGUUGAUGAGAGAACAUCUGGUUGGGAAAUGAGAUCCAACGAUGUCGGACCCAGUGAGCGGCCACAAAUGGACACAACGCCUGAAGAAGUGGUUGAAACCAGUCCGGUUGUACCGAAACCACAAACAGUACCACCAGGUGGUAAUUACACGCUUGGAGGAGUAUUCGAUUACAGAUACGCUGGACGUCCGCACCCAUCUGGCCCGCAACACCUAAAGCAGAAAGAAAUGCCACCGCUGAUUUUGCCGCCAACUCCUACAUCUUCAAAGAGCGCCCCGAAGAAGGAAGGAGAAAGCUCACAGUCAUUACAGCCAUUACUCAAGAAAGCAUCCCCGAUGUUACAUAGACAACCCGGAAGAGUUUCCCCGGAAGUUGGAGGAAUAGAAAACAGUUCUAGCUCAACAGUGGACGAGUCCAAGUAUGAUGGUAACGUCUACGACAAAGUGACUGGUAAGACGUACAAUUUUAAUACUGAAAGUGGAGAAUCGUCGUGGGAUCCUCCAUCGCGUCGUCUUCCGCCACAUGGUGCACAUAACUUUGACGUGUAAUGUGUCGUUAUAACGUGUACACAGAACUAUCUCCAUGCAGUCAGCACUUACAUUAGUG